UUCCAGCAGGCAGGACUGGGGGAGCCGUGCGGGGGCAGCGACUGCAGAACCGGCGACAACCCCAGAAGCAGCCGCCAGCAACAAUACUCAUUCUUAUCAGCACCAUUCCCAUAACACACAGUGAACCCAGUCCACAGCCCCAGUGUGCAUGCACAGGCAGCUUCUCUAGGGAACCCCGAGGACCUGAUGGCAGCUGCCAAAGCAGAGAUGCUCAUCUCACCUCUGCAGAUCUCUGACCCAUUCGGUUCCUUCCCUCAUUCUCCCACCAUGGAUAACUACCCUAAACUGGAAGAGAUGAUGCUGCUCAACUCAGGGGGAUCCCAGUUCCUGGGCGCUACUGUCCCCGAGGGCAGCGGAUUCAACUCCCCCGGGGAGGGGAACGAGAAUUUCGACCACCUAGCAGCAGAUGCCUUCUCUGAAAUGUCUCUAAAUGCUGAGAAGUCGAUCAUCGAGACUAGCUAUGCCAACCAGACCACCAGGCUGCCAUCUCUGACCUACACUGGUCGCUUCUCCCUGGAGCCUGCACCUAACAGUAGUAACACCUUAUGGCCAGAGCCUCUCUUCAGCCUUGUCAGUGGACUGGUGGGGAUGGCAAACAUACCCAGCGCUUCAACACCUUCAUCAUCACCCUCCUCCUCAGCAUCAUCUUCUUCUUCCCAGAGUCCUCCUCUUAGCUGCUCAGUUCAUUCAAGUGACAGCAGCCCAAUCUAUUCUGCAGCACCAACAUUUCCUAACUCGAGCACAGACAUCUUCCCUGACCAGUCAUCUCAGUCUUUUCAGAAUGCUUCUACUUCUUCAAUCCAGUAUCCACCCCCUGCAUAUCCUGUGACAAAGACCAGUUUCCAGGUGCCAAUGAUCCCAGACUACCUGUUUCCACAGCAACAGGGAGAUGUCAGCCUGGUAUCUCCAGAGCAGAAACCUUUCCAAGGAAUGGAAAGCAGACCCCACCAGCCUUCUCUGACGCCCCUUUCUACCAUCAAGGCCUUCGCUACACAGACUGUUUCCCAAGAACUCAAGAGUAUCAGUAACAGUACUUAUCAGUCUCAGCUCAUCAAGCCAAGCAGGAUGAGGAAAUACCCCAAUCGUCCCAGUAAGACCCCUCCUCAUGAGAGGCCUUACGCUUGUCCCGUUGAGUCUUGUGACCGAAGGUUCUCCAGGUCUGAUGAACUGACAAGGCACAUCCGAAUUCACACUGGGCAAAAGCCCUUCCAGUGUCGUAUCUGCAUGAGGAAUUUCAGCAGAAGUGACCAUUUAACAACUCAUAUCCGUACACAUACAGGGGAGAAGCCAUUUGCCUGUGACAUUUGUGGUAGGAAAUUUGCAAGAAGCGAUGAGAGAAAGAGGCACACUAAAAUUCACUUGAGGCAAAAGGACAAAAAGAGUGAUAAAGCAACACCAGUCUCUGUUGCUUCUCCUAUUUCUUCCUACUCCCCAUCAGCUUCAACUUCUUACCCAUCUCCAGUGCCAACCUCUUACUCCUCCCCAGUGUCUUCUUCCUACCCGUCACCAGUCCACAGUUCUUUCCCAUCUCCUUCCACAGCAGUUACCUACCCAUCUGUUACCGCAACCUUCCAGGUUCAAGGCAUUACUAGCUUCCCAUCUUCAAUUGUCACCAACUCCUUCAGUUCUCCUCUGUCCUCAGCACUUUCUGACAUGUCAGUAACAUAUUCUCCCAGGACAAUUGAAAUCUGUUGAGAAUGAUAGGACAUGUGCAAAAAAAAAAAAUAAAAAAUGAAUAGGCACAAACUGAAGACUUCCAAAGCUUGGUCUCGGAAUGGGAAGUUAUUGAUAACAGACUUGCCUAAGCAAAAAGAAAGGCCAUUAUAAACCGAUAAGCUUCAAAUGCCUAAGAAACUGCCAUUUUAAUUUCCCAUUGUUUUCAAAGACUUGAUUUGCAUGAAUAAUUGAAAUAAUUUCAACAUGAUCCUUUUAAAGAUCAACUUUUAUUUGCAUAAAGGGAUUUUUACUCUAUACAUAAUGUAUAUUGUAUACGUGCAGAGUUUUUGUUUACGUUUUUUAUGCUUUUUUGUUAGUUUUUUUUUAUUUGGUACUCUUGAUGUGAUUUUUCUUUUUUUUUCUUUUUACCCCUUUGCAUAUUCAUGUGGUAUUAUUUGAAAUGAAUAGGGACGCCGUCUGUAAAUGGUAUCUAGUGAUAAUGCUACCAUGGCUUCAACUUCUUUGAGGAUCAGCACUUAUGUAUUCGAGCAUGUGUAAAAGUAAUGUUCCGUUUAGCCUUUUUCCGUCAUUUUUUUCUUUUUGCUUUUGUAAAUAUCAUCAGAUGGUACUCUCUCAUGACGUCAGAAAAAAAAAAAAAAGUUUUAUCUGGUUUCCAGUAACUUGGUGCCUUUUUGUGAAGCCUUUGCUGAUGUCUUGACACGUGCAUCUGCGUGUAUUGAUGCAU